AUGGCGGGAUGCUCAAACGGUGUCCAAUCAAAAUGCAAAGAAAUAAAUUCUAAAAUAUUCUAUGUUCAUUGUCAUGCACAUUGCUUAAACUUAGUAUUGGUAGAUUCUAUUGGCCGAAAGAAUCGAAUAGUUUUUGAUUUCUUUGGUACAAUACAAUUUUUGUACUCAUUUAUAGAAGGUAGUUGUAUUCGACACGCUACAUUAGAAAAAGUAGCCAAAGAAAUAAAUUUAACUCUUAAGACUCUAAAAUCUAUUUCUACAACACGAUGGGCGUGUCGAUUUGAAGCUGUCGCCGCAGUAAAAAAUAAUUAUUUGGCCAUUAUCUCUGCAAUCCAAAAGAUCUGUGACACAACUAAAAUUCCAGAUGUUAGAUCAAAGUCAAGAGGUUUACUAAUGCAAUUACAAACAUUUGAAUUCAUUUUUGCACUAAAUAUGCUACAUCCUCUUUUAUUACUCAUUGUCAAAGUUAAUUCAUGUCUCCAAGCUGAGGAUUUAGAUCUAUUAAAUUCUCUAAAUAUGAUCAAAUCACUAAAACUGAGCAUAUCUCAAUUAAGAUCAGAUGAUAACUUAUUUAAAAAAGUUUAUAAUGAAACAGUUGAGUGUUGUACAGAAACUGGAGUGAUUAUUCCUCAAGUAAAAAAAAGAAAAAUCUCUUCAAAAAUUGAUCAAUCAUCGGAAAAUCAAUAUUUUGCAUGUACAAAAGAAGAAGAGAUGAAAGUUACGAGUUUUAAUGUUGUUUUAGAUGACUUGUUAAAUGGUUUGAAUGAUCGUUUUAAUCAGGAAACAUUAAAACUUAUACUUACUGUAACGAAUAUAUUAAAACUUGAGCCAUCUCAAGAAGAUCUAUUGUAUUUGAAUAAUGUAUUUGGAAUCGAUAGUGAGCAAAUUCAAGUUGAAAUUAUGUUACUUAAAAAUAUACCAAAUAUUCCAUCUGGAACCAGUUCUAAAACACUUCAUCAAUGGAUUGAUUUUCUAAAUUCAAAUAAUAGAACUUAUAUUUUUGUUCACUUCUAUAAAGUAAUAGUACUUUUUGCCACUAUUCCGGUAACAACUUGCUCAUGCGAACGUGCAUUUUCUAAGCUGACGAUUGUAAAAACAAAACUCCGCAGCACCAUGACUCAAGAAAGACUUGACGCUUUAAUGUUUCUAUUCAUAGAACAACAGAUGACAACAAAAAUUAAUUAUGACGAAGUUAUCGAGGAAUUUAAAGUGAUGAUACCAACAAAACGACGUUUAGAAUUAUAA